UCACCCACGGCGGCCGCGGGAGCGGCGGCCGUCGCCUUCGACUUCGCGGCCGUGCCGCCGCCAUCCGCGGGGCCUGGGGGAGGCGGUUGGACCAAGCAGGUCACCUGCAGAUACUUCAUGCAUGGAGUCUGCAAGGAAGGAGACAACUGCCGCUACUCCCACGACCUCUCCACCAGUCAGUCUGCCAUGGUGUGCAGGUAUUACCAGCGAGGCUGCUGUGCUUAUGGAGAUCAUUGCAGAUAUGAACAUACCAAGCCACUAAUACAGGAAGAAGUGACUGAUGUUAACCCAGAGGCAGAAAUCUAUCCAUCAGUGUCCUCAGAGUUUGCGUCGCUCCCUGAAACAGUUGAAGAAUUUAUUACUGAGAUAGAAGAUGAAAGCACAGAUCUGGCAGCAGCAGGAGUAGGGGCUGAAGACUGGGUGAAUGCAGUGGAGUUUGUCCCUGGGCAGCCAUACUGUGGACGUGGCCCCCUUCAGAUCCUGGAAGGCUGCAGUAAGGUCACCCCGGAGCCUUCUCUUCUCCAGGCCGAGCAACCCCAACUCUCUGACCCUUUCCUCAUAGGGCAGAUGUUCCAUCCCUCUAACCAUCUUCAUAGCCCUCAACUAGCUGCUCCUUUCUGUGCUGAAGCACCCUUGCAGGAAAUGGUGAUUGAAGAAGAAUACGAGAAGCAGCAGGCAGAUGUGGAGAUGAAGAAGGAGCUGUGUCCCUACGCUGCAUUAGGAGAAUGUCGUUAUGGAGAGAACUGCGUGUACAUCCAUGGGGACGUGUGUGAUAUGUGUGGCCUGCAGGUCUUGCAUCCCAUUGAUGCUGCACAGAGAUCUCAGCACAUAAAGUCUUGCAUUGAAGCUCACGAGAAGGACAUGGAGCUUUCCUUUGCCGUCCAGCGCAGUAAAGACAUGGUGUGCGGGAUCUGCAUGGAGGUGGUGUAUGAGAAAGCCAAUCCUAGCGAGCGCCGCUUUGGGAUCCUCUCCAACUGCAGCCACACCUACUGUCUCAAGUGCAUCCGCAAGUGGAGGAGUGCUAAGCAGUUUGAGAGCAAGAUUAUAAAGUCCUGCCCAGAAUGCCGGAUCACGUCCAACUUUGUCAUUCCAAGUGAGUACUGGGUGGAGGAGAAGGAAGAGAAGCAGAAACUCAUUCAGAAAUACAAGGAGGCAAUGAGCAACAAGCCAUGCAGGUAUUUUGAUGAAGGCCGUGGGAGCUGUCCAUUUGGAGGGAACUGUUUUUACAAGCAUGAAUAUCCCGAUGGCCGCCAAGAGGAGCCGCAAAGACCCAAAGUAGGAACCUCAAGUAGAUACCGGGCGCAGCGGAGGAAUCGGUUCUGGGAGUUCAUCGAGGAGCGAGAGAACGGUGACCCCUUUGAAACCGACGAGGAUGAGGUGGUGACCUUUGAGCUCGGUGAGAUGUUGCUGAUGCUGUUGGCAGCCGGAGGGGAUGAUGAGCUAACGGAUUCCGAGGAUGAGUGGGACUUAUUUCAUGAUGAGCUGGAAGAUUAUUAUGAUUUGGAUCUAUAGCACCUGUCAGUGGAGUGUGGACUGUUGUCUUGGCUUCAGGCAGUAGCUAUUACCUGUGGUGUUGUGGCAGUGCCUGUGUUUCUCUUAGGCAGGCCGAUCAAUUCCAGGUGCUGUUGUAAUAACUUUUACCCAGGGUCUGUCUCUUCCCUUCCCCUCCUUUCCCACCCCAGGAGUGUUGUUUUUCCUCUGUUUCAACAAAUAACAAUAAAUAAAUCUUUAAAAUGUUA